UGAGAAUGUGAAUGUGAUGUAAUACACUGUGGUGUUAUACUGUAACCGAAAACUUUUAUAUAAUUACAUUGUCUAAUAUUAACUUAAAUGAUUUUAGUACGAAAGGCACUGUUAACCGUGUUGAUCUGAUGAAUUAUAUCCAAGGAUGGGUGAAGAAAGACUUGUCACAGAGGUCCCAAGUAGUCUCAAGCAACUUGCCCGUCUUGUUGUUCGAGGAUUUUAUACUAUUGAAGACGCUUUAAUAGUUGAUAUGCUGGUUCGGAAUCCAUGUAUGAAAGAGGAUGACAUCUGUGAACUUCUGAAAUUUGAAAGGAAAAUGUUGAGAGCUCGUAUAUCAACUUUGCGCAACGACAAAUUCAUACAAGUGCGGCUUAAAAUGGAAACCGGCUUAGAUGGCAAAGCUCAGAAAGUAAAUUACUAUUUCAUUAAUUAUAAGACAUUUGUAAAUGUUGUAAAAUACAAAUUAGAUCUAAUGAGAAAGAGAAUGGAGACUGAAGAACGUGAUGCAACUAGCAGGGCAAGUUUUAAGUGUCCAUCCUGUUGCAAGACAUUUACAGAUCUGGAGGCUGAUCAGUUGUUUGACAUUACGACACAAGAGUUCCGUUGCACAUUCUGUCGAGAAGUUGUAGAAGAGGACCAGUCAGCUUUACCUAAAAAGGAUUCUAGACUUUUGUUAGCCAAAUUUAAUGAACAACUUGAACCAUUAUACAUACUGCUAAGGGAAGUUGAAGGAAUUAAAUUGGCACCAGAAAUUCUGGAGCCAGAACCAGUUGACCUUAGCACAAUAAGAGGUUUGGAGAACAAGAAACCAGCAGUUGGAUUACGGCCUCCAGGUGAUCACUGGUCAGGCGAAGCUACAAGAACACAAGGUUUUGCAGUCGAGGAAGCUCGUGUUGAUGUUAUGAUUGGUGAUGAAGGCAUUCAGGACCAGACUGCAUUUAGGAAGGAACGUCCAAUUUGGAUGACUGAAAGUACAAUUAUCUCCCAGGAUACAGUCAUGAAUGCCACACCAAUGGGCAGUCUAGUGCCUGGUUUAGAAACAAGCAACACUGAUAAGGCGAAUGCUGGUGCCAAGAGUCAGGAAGACAUAAUGUCCGUAUUACUAGCUCAUGAGAAGAGAAGUUCAACAGCUGCCGCUGUAAAGGCAGUGAUCCCUGGACAAAAUGACAGUGCCAGUGAGUCAAGUGCAGACGAGGAUCUCAAGGAGCUGGAUGCUUCAGAGCCAGCUGAAAUUGAGACUAUGGAUUCUGAUGAUGAUGAUGACCUUAUUCCGGUAGUGUCAGUUGGGGACAGAAGUGUGCCUGUAACAGAAGUCAGUGACUCGUUGAUUGCAGAAAUGACACCCGCAGAGAAAGAAGCAUACAUACAAGUGUAUCAGGAAUACUAUUCCCACAUGUAUGACUAGAAACAAAUUAUAAUAAGAUUGCCACGUUUAAGAUAGAGAGUUGUGACUGAAGUUUAUUAACUUUUUAUACAGAAGGUAGAAGGUCGUCUGCCCUGUAUUCUCUGUUGAACCUUCAUUUAAUGUGUAUUACUGAUGAAUUAUCAAUACUGCUUUCUGAUGGCUGACUGUAAUAAUGUUUGCAGACGGCAGUAGUAACACAUCAGACCAAAACCUCGUGAAUAAGAUUUUUUUCAUUCAUUAUUAUGUGUAUUACAUUCAGGCACAGACAAACUAAAUGAUGACUCUACUAUUCAAGUAUCCAUAACAUAUUUCAUGCAUGUUUCAUUUAUCUGAAGAAUACAUUGUCACAUUUCACCAUAUUUUAUAUUUAUGCUACUUUAUGGUAAAAAAAUAUAAAUCAAAAUAAACACUUCUCUCUCAUUUUAA